AUGGAGUCGGCAGGCGGCGCCCCUUCCAGGACCCCUCCCACCGACUCCGAGAAGGCCGGAUACUCUGAGCUGCUGCGCAGGGACCGACCCUCUCGGUCGCCUGGGACAGCGGCAACACGGCAGCGCUCAGCCGGGGGCUUGAGGAUCCCCACACCCGCUUGGCACCUCUCAGCCUGGGCAUCUCCAGGAAAGGACAACGUCCAACCCUUCCCCAGGAGCUCGGUUCCAGAGCCAAGCGACAUCUGGUACCUCCAACACCAGCUCUGGCUAGCGAGGCGAUGUUCCACGUCCCUAGAGCUCGUCUAUGCUGCCUGCGAUCGGCUCGCCCAGGCCCGCUGCCCGCCCCGCCGCCCGGUCUACAUCGCUCCCGACCUCGCCGGCGAGCUCCCCUCCUGGGUCCAGGAGGGUGCCCGGGUUUCCCUUGUCCAGGCGAGAUGGACGCGUGUCACGCAGGAUGAGCGACAGGCCGCCGCCGGCUGCAGGCCUCCACCAAUGGCACGCCGUCUAUCGUCGCCCCCGGAGACGAGCAGCAGGACAAACGCUCUCCCACCUGCCAGGCCGACGGUCUUCGAGCUUUGGGACCACGCCGAGUCCCCGGAGACUAAACCCGGCCUCCAUACGUGGUUUCAAUAAUCAAUAAUCAACGGUAGAGGAGGGAUGUGCUCGUCUUGGAUAGUGGAGACAAUCAGUCGGCGAACAAAUGAGAAUAAUCUUCUGAACCGUUUAAGCAGCAAGCUUUGUUUUAGGCCUCUGCUCCGAAAAGUGCAUCCCCAAACUAAAACUCUGCAACCACUAGGGCUACUUUCAUCAUUUUUACCUUUUUAAACAUCAUUUUCUUUUGUUCACAUAUACAUAUCAGUCUAUAUGUUACUGGAUAAGAGUAAAUGAAGAUAACACAGAAAGAAUUUAAAGAUUUCAGGUCCGAAUUGAAAAAAAGCACUUCUAGGAUGAAUAUUUGUUUGGAAUGAGGCAGUUGAAAAGUUUAAAACUCCCACAAAUCAUAUUAAAAUAUGUUAACAUUCACCCUGCAAAGUUUGACUUUGGAAGAGUGAAGCAGAACAAAGUACAAAAAAACCUAAAAUGUGUCAGAGGCCAUUUUGGCAAAUUUUUGAUUCCAUUUUUCUCGUGUAACAAAUCAUAUAUUUCACUUCUAUGUUACUCAUGAUGUUCAACAACAGACAUCAAGACUUUCAUUUUAUUUCUUUUGCUGAUAGCAAACAAAACACUCGAUUGCACUUGAAUGUUUUUAUUAUUUUCUAUUUUCCUGAGACAAACCCGUGGCCUUACACACAGUCCGUUGUUCUUGUAAUGAAGGAGGAGCUCUUCACGUACGUUACGUUUCGCCCGGGCGGUUCAAGCCGGGAUGUUUGCGGGCGGUCGAGUUUUAAAGCACUUUUUGUAGCCGCGUCACAAAAAACGAGGGGGCGUGGCCUCUGCCUGAGGGGGCGUAACCUCUAUGCGAGGGGGCGUGGCCUCUGCGAAAAUCUCUGACGACGCCACUCUGGGUUUAAGAGAGCCGUUUUUUAAUCCGGGCUACUGCUGUUAUGAGCCCCUAACGGCCAGGUACGCAUCACCGCAACGUAACCACAUCAUCAUCAUCAUCAUCAUCA